AAAAUUUCCUUUUGGUGUAGGUGUUUGCUCUUGAGAAAAGAUCCUCUAGGCUUGAAAGUGAACUUAAAAGUAGAAAUGAACAAUUGAAAGGAAUGCAAGCAAGGCUAAAGGCUUCAGAAACAGAAGAAAAGAACAAAGGCAAAGAACUGGAAGAUACUCAGCUCCAACUUCAACAAGUUUCUGAGCAUGCAAAUACUUCACUUCACCAGGUGCAGGAACUUGAAGAGAAGAAUAGUGCUUUAACGUCAUCCAUGAGAGAGUUAUCAAACACAAUAGGACAGCUUCAAGCCAGAGAGCAGGAACUUUUAACAAAACUUAAACUUAAGGUAUGUUACAAAGUAUGUGCUAUUUUUCCUAAGGUGUGGCCUUGUCAUCAUAUCAAAGAACUUGAUCAUGUUUAUGUACUUGCACUGAAAAGUUUAUUAUAGUUCAGUGGCACAUCUAGGGGAAGGCCUGGGGGACCAAGCCCCCCU